UCGAGCCAAAGGUCAAAUGUACACCCAAUUUGAUGCGAAUAGAGCUGCCUAUGAAAUCGUCCACCAAAGCAAUUUAUUUAAAAGGGCUGAAAGGCUACCCUAAUCCCGCCUGCUUACCUCAGACCGAUCCAGUGGAGGCCACCGCCGUUUUUCAACUCAAUCUGACCGAUUUCUAUCAGUGCGGGAUAACAAGAGCCAUAAAUCAAAUAACUGGCAAGCAGGUCUUCUACAAAACUAUAAUUAUCGAAUCCACAAGCGAAGUUGGAGGAAUUCAACAGCCGCACAUCGAGGAAUUUAUACACGUUAAAUGUUCAAUUUUUCCGAUCACCAAUCAUACCGUCGUGAAACGUAACGUGCUGCCCGCCGGAUUUCAGGAACCCGAAGAUCUCAAAAUAACAAGUAGCAUUACGACAAAAGCUCCCGUUCCGAUACUUGGGGUUGGCGUACGCCAAGGCGGUAAAUUAGUGACCGGCGAGCUAAAUGUUUCCCCCGGUACCCCAUUACAAAUGGAAAUAUUCUUGGAUAAAAAUUCCUCCGCUGUUUAUGGCCUGUUAGUAACCCACAUGCAAGUUACAGACACUAACACUCAAGAGGAAACGAUUAUUUAUAACGGAUGUACGGUGGAUCCAUUCUUAUUUGAAAACUUCAAUACCGUCGACGGAGAUUUUCUAACAGCGAAAUUCAAAGCUUUCAAAUUUCCGGAGUCGACUUACGUCCAAUUUAAAUGUACGGUGAACGUCUGUCUCGACAAGUGCCAAGGGGUGGAAUGCAGCGAUGGUCAAAUAGGAUACGGGCGUAAACGACGCGAAAUACCUUCUCUACCUGCCGAUCCCAACAAAAUAUUUGAAAUUACCAUCACGUCGUUUAUUAAAGUUAAUUACGACGACGAGUCGGAGAAUUUCGAGGGGCUGUUCAAAAACCAGACCAAAAUUUACAACAAUAAGAAAUUUAUCGUCGGCAGCGAGAUGGAUAAGAGGUUUUAUAAAACUAUCGACGAGACGCCAUCGAAUUUAGAAGUUAUGAAGCUGAUGGAAGUUGAGAAGGUUACCACCGUUGUAGCUGAUAAUUCGGCCGCUAAGAACUUCGCUUUACCCACCUUUCUUGUAGCAGCAGUUUUGCGAUUGUUUGUGUAAAUAAUUAGCGCGUGCAGAUUGAAAAGAUACUUACCUUUCCACUUAACAACCAAUUAAUAACGUACUUUAAUACCUUUAAGAAAUAUCUGUGAUACCUACAAAUAAAUUCGCGUAAUUCUUUUGGACGUACUGCACAGUAGGUAGAGUUAGUAAAUGUAGGCUUAGAAUUUAUGUUGAUUCAUUAUUCAGUUAAUUGCUUCCUAAUUAAAUGCUUUGACUAUUUGUUUAGGCAAUUUACUCAGACGAUAUUGUAAUUUAGGUACAGUCUCUGUAAGACACAUUGGUAUAAUACCACUGCCAUAUUUUCUUUAUCCUUCACCAUCUGAGUAUAAAUUAAGAUACUUGCCGACUUAGGCUUAAGAGAUUAUUAAAAA